UGAGUUACAUUGCAAUUACGCUUUUCUUGCAAAACGACGUAUUUCUGCGGGCAGCGGACACUCACACCAAACCUAAGACAAACUAAGAGAGAAUUUAUUUCAAAACUGGACAAGAGGGAGCAUACAGAUAGCCAGUGUGUGUACGCAGCAGCGCAGCAGUCAGAGCCCAAACUGUGUGUGUGUAUAUAUACACAGUUGUGCGAGAGCCGUCGGCACACACUCUAUGCGUAUGUGAGAUGAGGAGAAGCUAAGUGGCUAACACAACCACCCAGAUCAGACAGCCUCCUGUGCUGCAAGAUGGAUUAGAGCCCCACACCUCAGGAGAUCAAAGGUGGCUGUGACAGGGGCACCCCCGGGGCAGGACCCAUGAGGAGUCAUAGAAGAUGCUCACAGCCUGGGCGCUUCUGCUCUUCUUAGCCAUGUGGGUGAGAAGCACCUCUGGUGGCCCGCUCUCCUUCAGAAUAGCUGCCAUCCUUGAUGACCCUAUGGAAUGCAGCAGAGGAGAGCGUUUGGCCAUCACACUGGCCAAAGACAGCAUCAACAGGAGCAGUAACCGUUCCACCACUGGCAAGCUGGAGGUGGACAUAUUUGAACUGCUGAGAGACAGUGAAUAUGAGAUGGGGGAAACAAUGUGCCAGAUCAUGUCGAAAGGGGUGGUGGCAGUCCUCGGUCCUUCUGCCAGUCCGGCCUCCAACUCCAUCAUCAGCAAUAUCUGUGGAGAGAAGGAGGUGCCCUAUGUCAAGGUGGCUCCAGAGGACAUUCUGAAGGUUCAGUUCCCCCGGUUCACCACUCUGGACCUGAGGCCAACCAACACCGACAUCAGCCUAGCUGUGGCUGGCCUUCUCACCUUCUUUAACAGCACCACCGCCUGCCUCAUCUGUGCACAGGCUGACUGCUUACUGAACCUGGAGCAGCUCCUCAGGCAGUUCCUCAUCUCCAAGGAGACUUUGUCAGUGCGCAUGCUUGACGACAGCAACGACCCGACCCCGCUCCUGAAAGAGAUACGAGACGACAAGACUGCCACUAUUAUAGUGGAUGCCAACGCCACUAUGUCACAUAUCAUUUUGGAACGGGCAUCAGAGCUGGGGAUGCUGUCAGUCUACUACACUUACAUCUUCACCUCUCUGGAAUUCUCUUUACUCCAACUGGAUGACGUGGUGGACCAACGAGUCAACAUAGUCGGUUUUUCAGUCUUCAACAAAACUCAUCCCUUCUUCCAGGAUUUUGUGCUAAGCCUCAACCGCUCCUGGCAAGAGAACUGUGACCAUGCACCCUUCGCUGGCACUCCACUCUCCUCAGCUCUGCUCUUUGAUGCGGUUUACGCGGUGGUGGCGGCGGUCCAGGAGUUGAACCGUAGCCAGAAUGUUGGCGCCACUCAGCUCUCCUGCAAGUCCUCCAAGAUCUGGGAGCAUGGCACCAGCCUCAUGAAUUACCUGAGGAUGGUAGAAUUGGAUGGUCUAACAGGCCACAUUGAAUUCAACAGCAAAGGUCAGCGGUCAAACUAUGCCCUGAGGAUCAUGCAGAACAGCAAGGAUGGCCUAAGGCAGAUUGGCCUGUGGCACUCUGAAGAUGGACUGUCCAUGGAGAGAAAGCUUCGAUCAAUUAAUGUGACGGACACCCUCUUCAACAGUACUCUUACCAUCACGACAAUAUUAGAGAAUCCAUAUGUGAUGCUGCGGCAGAACCACCAAGAACUGGAGGGAAAUGACCGCUACGAAGGCUUCUGUGUGGACAUGCUGAAGGAGCUGGCAGAUAUUCUCAAGUUUAAGUAUCGCAUCCGGCUGGUGGGGGACGGACUGUACGGGGUUCCUGGAGCCAAUGGAACGUGGACCGGCAUGGUUGGAGAGCUCAUCUCAAGGAAAGCUGACCUGGCAGUCGCAGGCCUCACCAUCACAGCAGAGCGUGAAAAGGUCAUCGACUUCUCCAAACCCUUCAUGACCCUCGGCAUCAGUAUCAUGUACCGGGUCCACCUGGGACGUAGGCCAGGCUACUUCUCCUUCCUGGAUCCCUUCUCCCCUGGUGUCUGGCUCUUCAUGCUUCUGGCCUACUUGGCUGUCAGCUGCGUCCUCUUUCUGGUGGCCAGAUUGACACCUUAUGAGUGGUACAAUCCCCACCCGUGUCUAAAGGGUCGCUGUAAUCUGCUAAUCAACCAGUACUCACUUGGCAACAGUUUCUGGUUCCCUGUUGGAGGCUUCAUGCAGCAAGGAUCCACCAUUGCUCCCAGAGCUCUGUCCACACGUUGUGUCAGCGGAGUGUGGUGGGCCUUCACAUUAAUCAUCAUCUCAUCCUACACCGCCAACCUGGCUGCCUUCCUAACAGUCCAGAGGAUGGAGGUACCGAUAGAGUCAGUCGACGAUCUGGCAGAUCAGACGGCGAUAGAGUAUGGCACCAUGCACGGAGGAUCCACAAUGACUUUCUUCCAGAACUCUCGCUACCAGACAUACCAGCGUAUGUGGAACUUCAUGCACUCAAAACAGCCCAGUGUGUUUGUGAAGAGCACAGAGGAAGGCAUCGCCCGUGUCCUCAACUCCAACUAUGCCUACUUGCUUGAGAGCACCAUGAACGAGUACUACCGCCAGAGGAACUGCAACCUGACUCAGAUUGGAGGACUGCUGGACACCAAGGGCUACGGCAUUGGCAUGCCCGUGGGGUCAGUGUACCGAGAUGAGUUUGACCUGGCCAUCCUCAAAAUGCAGGAGGACAAUCGUUUGGAGAUCCUCAAGAGGAAGUGGUGGGAUGGUGGCAAGUGUCCAAAGGAGGAGGACCACCGUGCCAAAGGUCUGGGCAUGGAGAACAUCGGCGGCAUCUUCGUGGUGCUGGUGUGUGGCCUGCUGGUGGCUAUCUUCAUGGCAGUGCUGGAGUUUGUCUGGAUGUUAAGACAGGCCCCAGGAAAUGAGCAGUCAGUGUGUGAGGAGAUGCUACGGGAGCUCCAUGGGAUCGUCCUGUGUCGCGACAGCCUGCAGGUGAGGCGCCGGCGGACGGCUUCGAUGCUGCGGCCGCGGCCCUUACCCCUGGAGGAGCGUCGGGCACGAGCUGCCGCCGUCAGCCUCAGCAACGGAAAGCUGUGCGGGGGCACCGGACUGCCUGAACCCCUCUCUCACAGACUGGCACAGGAGGCUGCCCUGGUUGCGAGGGGGUGCAGCCACAUCCGCAUUUGCCCCGAGUGCCGGCGCUUCCAGGGACUGAGGAUGCGUCCUGCAGGGGCCUCUGGGGCCCUCCCUUCUCCCACGCACAGUGAGGAGAGCAUAGAGUGGGACAAGACCACAAAUAGCAGUGAACCUGAAUAACGGCCAGCGAUUCCAACUGGACUGACUUUCCCACCUCACCUCUCUACUUUCCAGGGAUCAAUGAUCACAUCAUAUUUUUAUUCAGCCAGUCGGGGCUUGAUCUUAAAGGGCAGGACAGUGCUUUGUUUUGCCCUAGAGGCAACAGCCAGUAGUCAGUUUUGGAGUCUCCUUGGGUGAUUUUUUUCCUUGGUCGUAGGAGAAACGGAUGAGUCUGUCUCAUUAUGGUCUGCUCCUGUUGUUCCCUUAGUACUGUGUCAAACAGGACGGACAAAAACAGCUACAGGACAUUUGUACUAUGCAGUAUUUUCAGUCAUUUAUCAUUGUGCUGUUUCUUUUUUUUCCCUUUUUAAAUUAUUUCUGUCCUCUGUUGGAUUAUCAGUACUGAAUAUUGUUAUUCUAUUGUUCUUAAAAAAAAAAACUUUAAAGAAGUUCCUUUUUUAUCU